GCUCAGCCAAUCAGAAAAAUGGAGUGGGUUACCAAGCAGCUCCCGUGACUAAUGCCUGUCAUAUGACUGUGACACCCAUGGAGACAGUUACAAGGAACAAGAUUUGCUCUUGGAUUUGAAAAGAAAAAGAGACCUUCUGUACCGAAUUUAUUUUGGUGCAAAAUGCCUCCAACUCUCUUCCAGAAACUUUUCAACAAGAGAAAUGCGUUUUCGUCGCCGCCCCCGAGAUGUAGCAAAGAGGACCCAGUUUUCAGCUGGCCAGUCCCCCAGCUGGAGCCCAGUCAGAUCAGGCUGAUAGUGUACCAGGACUGUGAGAGGCGCGGCAGGAAUGUCCUCUUCGACUCCAAUACCAAAAAGAAGGGCACGGAGGAAACCCCUGUCACGAGCAAUGAGGGCCAGGUGAAGAUGUUCGGGAAGUGCUGCCAGCUCCGUCCUACUGGAGGCAGCAGCAGUUCCCUGGACAGCUCCUCCUCUUGCACCUCAGAAACCAAGGAAACCAAGGAGCAGGGCAUCCGCUUCCAGGGUUCGAGAUGUUCAUCCGAUGUGGUAAUGCUGGGGGAAAUGAUGUUUGGCUCUGUGGCUAUGAGCUACAAAGGUUCCACACUAAAAAUUCACCAGAUCAGAUCGCCACCUCAGUUAAUGUUGAGUAAGGUCUUCACCGCAAGGACGGGAGGCAGUGUGUACGGCAGCCUUAACACGUUACAAGACAGCCUAGAGUUCAUUGGACAGGACAGCAACACCCUAAGGCCCGAUCAAAACACCGGGCCCAACAGUCUCCUAGGGAACAUAGGAAUUUCUCAGCUCUGCAGCCCUCGACGGGCCUUCUCUGAACAGGGCCCUCUGCGCCUCAUCAAGAGUGCAUCUUUCUUUUCAGGCCACAGUCACCCCAUGGACAUGCCUGGCCGAGGGCUUCACGACGAGAGGGACAGCGGCAUCGCCAGGUCAGCUUCUCUGAGCAGCCUGUUGAUCACUCCCUUCCCAUCUCCUGGCUCCUCCCUGACCAGCAGCUGCGCGUCCAGUUACCAGCGCCGAUGGCUCCGCAGCCAAACCACCAGCCUGGAAAAUGGCGUCUUUCCCCGAUGGUCAGUCGAGGAGAGCUUUAACAUGUCUGACGAAAGCGGUGUACCAAGCCUUGGCGUGGCUCGGAAGAAGAAGAUUGCCAUCGGGGUCAUCUUCAUGCUGUCCCCCAACCCUGAGGAGAACAGCCGUUUCCAGGAUUUCUUUUUCUCCCACUUCCCUCUCUUUGAAAGCCACAUGAACAAACUCAAGAGCGCUAUCGAACAGGCCAUGAAGAUGAGUCGGCGGUCAGCUGAUGCCAGCCAGAGGGCUUUGGCUUACAGCCGAAUGGUGGACGGACUGAACGAGUUCAGGAUGACCAUCUGCGACCUUUACACCAUGCCCCGGGUGGCUGAGCCCGUCUGGUUGACUAUGAUGUCUGGAGCGUCGGAGAAGAACCAGCUCUGCGGUCACUUCAUGAAGGAGCUCUCCACGUUGAUGGAGCAGGCCUCCAAGAACCAAUUCCUCCCUGCGUUAUUGACAGCCAUCCUGACCAAUCAUCUGGCUUGGGUGCCCACCGUCAUGCCCAAUGGGCAGCCUCCAAUCAAGAUCUUCCUGGAGAAACACUCCUCCCAGAGCGUCAACAUGCUGGCAAAGACGCAUCCUUACAACCCACUUUGGGCACAGCUAGGAGACCUGUAUGGGUCCAUUGGAUCACCGGUGCGGCUGUCGAGGACAGUGGUGGUAGGCCGCAGACAGGAGCUGGUCCAGAGACUCCUCUAUGUCCUCACAUACUUCAUCCGCUGCUCCGAGCUGCUGGAGACCCACAUGCUGGACAGUGCUGAGGAUGAGGCCAUUGUCAUUCCCGGCUCCCUCAUCACCACCUCCCUAAGGAAAGGAGAGGUGGAGGAGUCAGACUAUGUCCUGGUUACUGUUCAUAAACCCAGCGGGGAUUACUUGUCUCAAGGGGCCCACAGUCGUCAGACUGAGGCAGAGGACAGCAGCUACCCUUCAGACAACAGCCUCCAAAGCAGCACAUACACAGACACAGAGGUGGAGAAUGGCGCCGGUGACACGAAUGAGGAGGAAGAGGAGGAGGACAGCAGUGAGAGUCAUGGGUCCAGGAGCAGUGUGCUUCAGACGGGACACAGCCAGGGUAACAACCCUGUUAUCAGGACUGCAGAAGCACCUGAAACCAUGGAGUUGCACAGGGAGUCUUGCAGCCCAGUGGCCACAGAUACCCGACUGGAGACAGUGCUGCGUGUUGGCUCGGCAUCCCCCAGGGAGCAGGUCUGUGUGCUGGAUACAGAGACCAAGGGAGACCUAAAACUUAUUGUCCCAUCCAUACCCACGGCCCUGGCAUCAAGUCCACCCCCAACUCCUGUCACCACAGAGGGUAAACACUCUGAGGCAGAGGCUGGGGUGGGCAUGGGGAGCCAGCCCACCAGAGUGCUGGCUCCUCGGCCCUUGGGGGUCCCUCUGGAGAAGAAGCCCCCAGAUAAGAACCUGGUUGCUGCUGCAGUGCCAGUACCAUUGAUACCGGGAAACACCGUGACGGGGCCCAUGGCUUUGUCUCGAACAGAAGAGGAGGCAUCAAAAGUCACUUUCCUUAUUGGAGACUCCAUGUCUCCUGAGUCUGACACAGAGAGCCGCAGAAGGAAGGUGGAGGAGGAAUUCAAAAAGCACAAGAAACUCCUCAAGGACAAGCAUCCACUUCACCAGCAGCUGUUGCUGAUGCAGCAGCAGCAGCAGCAACAACAGCAUCAUCACGGGCAACAUUAUCAACAGCAACCGCAGCAGCUGCAGAGAGUAGCAGAUUCAAAGACCAGCAACACCAGUGCAUCAGAGGACCAAACCAAACAGACCAAGGCGGCUCCUGCCCUGCAGCGGGUGUCCAGUAAGAUGCCCCCCUGGAGCCUAAAUUGUAUGGAUGAUUUUGAAGAGUAUUUCAGCCCGGAAAACCCUGUAGAGACUAGGACUAUAGACGAUGUGGCCAAACGACAGGAGGCCAGCAAGGACAGUAUGCACAAAGACUUGCUGGACCCCUCGGGAGUCCUCUGUUCUGGAGACUUAGGGGGUCACAGUUUUCAGGGUGCAGUCACGGGUCAGGGUUUGGGUCUCUGUUUAGGUUCAGGUAGUGGAGAGGCAGGGUCCAGCAGGAAGAAAGACACUUUGUUAGAUGUCCAGAGGAGGUGCAGGUGUGGGUCUACAGAUUCCUCAGACACCUGCUGCUGCAGGGGCUGUUCUGCUGAGCAGGACAAGGGUCCUCUGUUGUCAGUCCCCAUCCCACAGGAUGGAAACGGCAACAGCAAAGAUGACCAAAAGUGUAAGGUGGUUCCUGUCAAUGACUGGGAGAUACCACGCAACGAGAGCUCAGACAGUGCGCUGGGGGACAGUGAGAGCGAGGAGACCGAGGACUGGCAGGAGGAAGUGCUGGUGCCCUUCCCAGGGUCGAAGUUGGUAGAGAACUACUCAAAGCCAAGCAUUGCCAAUUUUGGCCGGUCUCUGUUUGGAGGCUACUGCCCCACCUACGUGCCAGACUUCGUACUGCAUGGGUUGCCAAGCGACGAGAAGCUACGGCAGUGCCUCAUGGCUGAAUUAACCCAUGCUAUUCAGCAUCCAGUACUGGAUGAGCCCAUAGCGGAGGCCGUCUGCAUUAUAGCAGACACAGACAAGUGGACAGUGCAGGUGGCCAGCAGUCAGAGACGAGCCACGGACAUCAACAAGCUGGGGAAGGAAGUCCUGGUUUCCAACCUGGUUUCCAGCUUAUUACAAUCCACUCAUCAGCUCUACAAACUCAACCUCUCACCCAACUUUUGUAUAAUGCACCUUGAGGACCGCCUGCAGGAAAUCUACUUUAAGAGUAAGAUGCUUGCUGAGUAUUUGAAGGGCCAGACAAGAGUCCAUGUGAAAGAACUGGGCAUGGUCUUGGGAAUCGAGUCCAGCGACCUUCCCCUGUUGGCUGCAGUGGCCAGUACUCACUCCCCCUAUGUGGCCCAGAUCCUACUAUGAGACUGUAAUGGCACUAAGGUACCAAGCAGUGAGCUGUCUGAGGAAGCCAGCCAGACCUGGGUGGUGCCAGUCUGGCACCAAAAAUGGCCAUCCAUGGUUCGCCCCGACAUGGUUUCCUGACCCACAUGCCUGAGCUAAGUAGGAUCUUUGCUCUGAGCCUUAGCAGUGCACAUCUUAAAGGACCACAGCCACAGCCAGCUCCUCCCUUCACUACCACUGCUGCUGAAUGUGGUGCAAUACAGAUGUUGCACCACAGGGAGGAACUAGAGACCACAGUCCCACAAAUAACUGAAGUAUCCCUGAAAUGACCUUCUCCAGUUGUUUGAAUGUUUCUUUUAAAGCAGAACUCUUUUGUUUUUGGACACAAAAGCCAAAGACUUUAUACAUUUUUCCAGUUGAGAAUGAAACUUUAACCCCUUAGCUUUCCCCCCCCCCUUUUUCUAGAGGGGUAGGGUGGGUGACAGGGGAUGUUUAGGGGGUAAUAGCAGGUCAACAGUAAACUCCACAUAAAAGUGGUACACAGCAUUUGAAAGCUGGGAACCUGAGGAUUUGACAUGCAGCUCAGCACUGUGUCAAGUUUUUCAAGUCAUACAUCAGAAAUAAAUAUUAGUCAGUUAAUUCAUUCAUUUAUUUAAAUACAUCCUGAAAGUGUAUAGGGGUUUAUUACGUUAUGGUAUGAAUUUAUGACGGCCAUUCUCAUGCUCAAUUAUGUCUCAUAAGUUGUUGCGGAAGUCUUUGGGUUGAUACCAUUUGUUACACAGAUUUGGUGCAAAAUCUAACCAUUUUUUACCACCCGAGAAUGACUGAAAAUGGUAAAAAAUACCACAUUAAGACACCAAGACCUUGAGGAACACCAUAGAAAAAUGGUCUGGUAUCAAAAACUUUUAUCAUUUGGAGAUUUCUGCAAGAAUUGCAUUUUUUGGCAAUUGGCUGGGGAGCACUUCUGUUCUGGAAACUGCUGAGACAUCCACUUAUGGUUAAUAUGAAGGCCAAGUUCCAUGUGAUUAGGUCACAACAGGUCAUUUUAUACAUUGACUCAAAUUUUAGAAAAUGGUCUAACUAAAUUGAAAGGGCUACUAUGGGGACUAUCAUCAUCGCACAGAAAUACAAUUGCUCUCAUUGCAUCUACAAGAGUCUCAGCUUUGCAGUCAUACACAAUUUAAGCAGCUCCAAGACCCCAAAAUGCAGAUAUAUUUGAAUACACCAUUUUAGAAUAGGUGAAAAUAACAGAUUUAUACUGCAUGAGAGACAACUGCAUGGUUAUUGCCCAAACUGCAUGGGAUUAGCAUUAAGUGGGCAUGUCUGUAAAGGGGAGACUUAUGGGUAGUCUUGCAUUGCCAGGCCUAUCUCCACAGCGCUGCGGAGGAAGGUCUGGCAACAGGCGCAUACACUCCUGGAUAGGAGAAAAAAAAUGGUCAGGGGUUGUUUGCAUUUCUUUAAACCAAUCACAAUUGUCGUGGGCGGCGCUAAGCUCCGGACGCAGCAAGCGUGGCUCUGCAAAAUAGUCUCGGGAAGGAACUUGUCUUGGUGCAACAUUUGCACCCGCAAAAGAAAACGCCUCAUAUAAUAUUAAAUGAAGUUAACUGUUCACACAAUACAGUAACGUAAACGUAAAUAUAGUACGUAAAUGAGCUAUUUAAAUUAGCUGGAUACAUGGUUAUUACCAGUAUAUUGCCAUGUGUAUUUUGUCCAUAGCAGAUCCCCGCCUAUAGGUCCCAGAAUGUCCCAGUUAGAGAGUGAAUACCGUAAACAUAUUCUUUGUAAAUCUUUACAAUCAUUCCCCGAACGACAGGCCUGCCUUGUUGCACGAUCCAGAUGUUCUUCAAAAAUUGGCAUUUUCAGCGUGUAACGUUGCUCAGAGGUUCCGGUUGCUGUUCCUCGAUGGGACCAGAGUUUACUGUAAACACAAAGAAAGCGGAAGGUGAGGGACAUCCGGCGGAACUUCCAGCGGCGCCGGAACCGGCAUCGAUCCAGACUAACUCGCGGGUAACCCAUAGAACCCGCUUUCCUUCAGAUAUCUUGAAUUGAGAGGUCGAGGGACCCCUUGUAAAAUAAAAUGGACAUGCUAGUUUUUCCCUCGCCAAAAUUGAGCCUACUUUAGAGCAUUAUUUAGCCUUAACCUUCCUGACAAGCAUGACAUGGUUGGUAACAUUGGAUUCCUUAGGUCAUCUAGUUUCAUAUGACACCAAUAUAUUCAAUCUAUUAAUAUCUUCACUCUAUAUUCAAAUGUGAGCCUGCUGCAGCCUCUGACAGACAAAAAGUUGUCCAGGCCCGCUGGCGGCGCCGUCAGAAUGGCAAGGGGUUAGGGAUAUUUACAGUAUAAUAAUAAUAAUAAUAAUAAUAAUAAUAAUAAUGGAUUUUGUUUCUUCUACUGCUUUUUUUUUUCUCUCUGGACAAUCUUAAACCCAGUCAUACGACGUGACUGACUACGAGUUUGAAUGAAACAGAUGGACAGUUUUAAACAUUACUUUGAGGUAAAUAUCAUUGAGAACAUUAUCAAUAUCAUGCCAAUUAUGUUAUUUCAUUGAUCUUCAUGUAUUUGUUUACAAGCCAAAUUUCCCUGAGAUAUCUCAAUGACAAAUUAGAUUUUCUUGUCAAAUUGCAAUGCACGCCUGAUUUAAAAGCCUAUUUUCUGGCCAGAUGGGAGUAACGGAUGCACACCGUGAUCGUUGGUUCUACAAACUAGUUUUGAAAUGGCUAAAAGUGGCUUUGACAUUCUUAUCAUAGGUACAGCACUACCUCAGAUCCUCCUAUGGGCUGUGGAUGACACACAUUUACAGUUGCCCCAUAGAAAAGGUAUACUGAGGUAUACUUUUUAAGCUACUUUAAUCAGAGGAAUGUCAGCAUCAACUGCGUGCAGACUCUAUGCUGUGUUCUUUGAAAAAGGAAAGGCUGUUAAAUUCCUUAGGAUGAUCGUUACACACGUGUUUGCUUUAGAAUGUGAUUAAGGGAGGAGAAGGGUCCCUUUCUACUGUGGAAAAGCUAAAACAUGCAUCAUCUACAUAUAUUAUAAAACCAAAAUGCUGAGAUAUUUUCACACUUUUAUAGCUUUGCCACCUUUUUACGAUGUUUACGUCUUCGAUGUGUGCUGCAGAGAGUAGAAGAACACAGGAGGCCUUACAGUGGAUUAAUAUAUAUAUAUAUAUAUAUAUAUAUAUAUAUAUAUAUGGGUUAACACUAUUUUCAAACAUGUUUCUAUGACAGUUAUACUCAAAAACACGCAAAAUACAAUACUAUAGUAGCAGACUUCUCUUUUGUUUUCCGUUUGAUUGUCCAUGACAUUGACAAAUGAUUUUAGUUGUUAGGCCAUAUAGCCAGGGUGCGAUUUGCAGGGUGUAAAAGGGAGGUUGAGAUGCUCUCCCUGAGACGCUUCUGUCCUGGGCAUAAAUUGUAUGUUAUUAUUACUUCUUGUCAUGGGAUGUCAGCAUUGGAAGUUCAUCUUUUAUUUCCUUUGUUUGAUUGCAGACAAAAUAGGAUGAGUUGAAAUUUUCCAAAUAAUUCAUAAUAAAGUAAACACAAAAAGCAGGGUCAAAGUACUGAGUUUUCAAAUAUAUACUAUAUGCUCAUCCAAACAGUACUCUCUCACCAGAAAAUGUAUGUAGGCUAGAUGGCAAGAGAAUUGCAGGCAGAGGGACAAAGCCAAUGGCCAGCAGCCAGCUCAAUAAAAAUUCACCUGUUUCUGGAAAUUAACUUCCCCAAAUUUCUAAUAAUCUUCCUUAAAAAUUGUGUGUAUGUGAGUGAGUGAGUCUCAGGCUUGAGCUUGUUGGUGGGCUUUAGGUAACUCUACGCAGUGAAUGGCUUGUAGUGUUAGAAAAAGCAGGAAUACCUGUCAGUGUGACCCUGAGAACAGUGUUUGUUUGUUUCUAUUAACUCAAAUCGCACCCUGUAUAUGACCCAAGUCUUAAUGGAGAUGUGGCAUGAAUGCAUCACAGGCUUCUGGAGAACUCAUUUUGCUGGUAAAAUUGAUGUAGACAUGCUUGUUACUGCAUUGAAGAUGCUCCGCUGUAUCAGCCUACAUUUUGUACAACCCAGCCAUUAUGUUUAAAAGGUAUGAAUUUCUGUCUGCUUUUCCCUCUUUGUAUAUGAAUAAAUUAUAGAGUUGCCCAUGGUAUAUGUAACGUUUCAUGUAAACUGUACAUACUCUGUUUAUUUCCAUUUAUUUGUACAGAAUGUCUUUUAAGAAUUGUCCCCUCAAAUUAUUUUUUCCCAAUUUUAUGGGAAUGUUGUGCAAUAAAGAUGCCGAUGUUCAGUA